AUGACGAGUUCACAACUUUCUUUAUUAAUAAUUACUCUAACAUUUUUAACACUCUGUCAGUCAUAUCAGGACAAAAGAAAUCCCAACAUUUUAUUUAUUGUUGUCGAUGACUUGCGCCAUCUUUCGGAUGAAACUAUCAACUUACCGAAUUUGAAAAGACUGGCUGGUGAGGGGGCAAAUUUCAAAAACGCAUUUGCGCAGCAAGCUCUCUGCGCUCCAAGUAGAAACUCCAUGUUGACUGGCCGUCGACCAGACUCAUUACGUUUGUAUGAUUUCUACAGUUACUGGCGUGACACAGUAGGCAACUUUACCACUCUCCCCCAAUUCUUCAAAGAGAACGGCUAUGACACUUUUUCUAUAGGAAAAGUGUUUCAUCCAGGAAUAAGCUCAAACUUCACCGAUGAUUAUCCCUAUAGCUGGUCUGAAUAUCCUUACCAUCCUCCUACCGAGAAAUAUAAAGAUGCUGCCGUUUGCAAAGAUAAAGAAACUGGAAAACUUCACAAAAACCUCAUAUGUCCAGUAAAUGUUGAUGAUCAACCAGAAGGAACUUUACCAGACUUGCAGUCUUUGGAACAUGCUGUCAAUAUUCUUACAACCAGGAACAGUACACGACCAUUUCUACUAGCUGUUGGGUUUUAUAAACCUCACAUACCAAUUAAGUUUCCAGAAGAGUACCUUGAAAGAAUACCAAUAAACAAAGUAAAACCUCAAAGACACCCUUGUAUGUCGGCUGACAUACCCUUAGUAUCAUGGCACCCCUGGACUGACGUCAGGCGUAGAGAUGACAUCGCCCGUCUAAAUAUAUCAUUUCCAUUGGGAAUAAUGCCACUUGAUUGGUCAAUAAAAAUCAGGCAAAGUUACUACGCAGCUGCGGCAUAUGUUGACGAUUUAAUUGGAGAAUUGAUCAGUUAUAUCGAUAGACGGAAUACUAUCGUGGUUCUAACAAGUGAUCAUGGGUGGUCCUUAGGCGAGAAUGGUCUAUGGGCAAAAUACAGCAACUUUGAUGUAGCCUUGAAAGUACCACUAAUAUUUUCUGCUCCAGGAAUAUCUUCUAAGAUCAUACACACACCGGUCGAGUUGAUUGACCUUUUCCCUACUUUAGUCGAUAUGAGCGGUUUGCCGCAUAACAUACCAAAAUGUAAUGUCAAAGAUAAAUCUACUUUAUGUUUUGAGGGAAAGAGUUUAAAACCCUUUAUGAUGCAAGAUUAUAGAGAUUACAGCAACAACUUUGCCCUUAGCCAAUAUCCAAGACCAAGUGUAUACCCUCAGAAGAACUCAGACAAACCUCGCUUAAAGGACAUUCGAAUAAUGGGCUACAGUAUAAGAACAAAACGAUAUAGAUACACAGAAUGGGUUUUAUUUAAUAACACAUUAUUUACAAUCGACUGGAACAAAUUAUACGGCUUAGAACUAUACGAUCACUUUGUAGAUCCUGAUGAAUCUAACAAUUUAUAUUUGGUACAUAAAUAUAAGAAUAUUAAACAAUAUCUCUCUAGGUUCUUAAGAUCACACAUUAAUUAAAAUAUAUAAUAGUAACUUAACCAUAAUUAAAUAUAUACAUAAAGCAUAAGAAUAAUUGCACUAAUUUAAUGUUAAUUUGAACGCACACAGCAUUUAUGAAUGGAAAUUUUGUGACAACAUAAACAAAUAAAGCUGAGGUGUGGAGUACCCUGCAUGGAAGCUAAAAAGGGAUCCAGAAGUACCAGAUGACGAUUUGUUUUUUCUUACCCUCAUAGGACAAAGGAGUGAGUUUAAGCAUGUAUGUAAAACACAUGAAAUCUUAAGGAUUGUUUUCCCGCGAAAAUUCAUCAUCAAUAGAGAUGUAGUACAUAGCAAAAUAAACCUUAUACAUAAGUUAUUGAGCACCAUUUAGCUAGCAGAGAGUUCUUUUAGUACCGGAAAACAAACCUUACGUAUCGAUAUGGCGAUAAGUGAAACAAAACUUGGCCCAUGCUAAUAGUAAUAAUGAAAAACAUAAAAUUGUGUAUAUUUUUGCUCCCAUAUGACUACAGACAAAGGCGUGAUUUUUUUAAGCACAAAUAAAAAUAAAUAUAGGCACAACACAGUUUACUUACUAAUGGAAAACAUAUAGGUGUUAAUAAAGGCUAGUUUUCUUUGACUCAACCGUCAAAAGUUAUACAUGUUUACCUACUGUGUCAUUCGGAACAAAAAUCACUGUGUCUUGCGAUUUUAGAUUUUCAGACAGCUCGUCUGCAUGCACCUUAAAAAUAAUAAUUAGUAUGUUUUAUUAUGUUUAAAAUUGUUAUAGUUCUGGGUAAAAUUGGACUUAGCAGUGAAACAUUGAACAAUAUAAAAACUUUUCAUUGAUUUUAUUCUUUAUUCGAACUAGCCAUAAAUGCUAUAGCAAAAUGCCUCUCCUGCAGUAAUUCACCGAGGGGAGUGGAAACUAUGUUUGUUUUCUCAUCUUAUAAUAUCUUCUGAUUUAUUUCUUAGAGUUAGAGUUAUUCAUGUUCCUGUGACUAGUCAGACUUCAGUGUUACGGUGCUUACAGGAGUUGCAGCGGUUUUGGGAGGUUGUGGCGGGCUUAUCCCAUUAUAAAAAUAUUAAAAUGCCUAAGCGUAUCUAGUUUGCACCAUAGAAUAAAGUUACACCAUUUUAGUCCAAUUUUACCCAGAGUGAUUAGAAUUAUAUUUUAUUUAAACAUAAGGCAAAAACAUUUAAUUAUUUAGAAUACGACAUUUAAAUACUCAAGAUCGCAUUGGUCUUCACAUAGCUGCUUGAUAUUCUUAGUUGCGAUUACUAAAGAUUGUAUUUAAUUCAAUAAAAACUCUUUACUGUAAGUUGUAUAAAAUAAAACUAGUAUUUUUUUUUAUGAAUAGACUUAUGAAAGCAAAAAUCCUGUCAGAUUAAUAUGAUGUUGUUGGGAUCAGCACUCUUAUACAAUAAGAGAAGAAAGUUGCAAUAGGUAAAAUAAAAAAAAAACACUGUUUUUAGAGAGUCUUUUCGUAUCGUUUUAAUAUUUUGUUAUUCAUAUUUUCUGCGAGAUAUGAAACACCCACUUUUCACUAUUUAUGUUAUGA